UGUACACGUCAGCAGUCAAUGAAGUUGUACCCAAGAUGUAUCAUGUCCCAUCAUCCUCUUCCUGGUAUGAGCGUGUUGACACAUUACACCUAGUUCGAGUGGCAAAAGCAAGCGGCUGACGUGACUGUUUGGCAAAUGGCACGGUUUGCAAGUGGAAAGUCAGUCCUGCGAGAGGAAAAGCAGCCAUCAAGAAACGUUUGACAUUUGGGUUAAGAUACGCGUCACGCGGCGUCGGACUGUCAUUAACUACAGUUGUAGUUUCGCCGUACGAGGAAUCUGUUGCAAACCAGUUUACAAUGAAGGAGCGCGCGGUAAGGUGAAUGAAAGCCAUUUCUGUUGUAGUCCAAAGUUUGUUUUUACUUAAAGAAAAUGAGGUUUCGGCUGCUCAAAAGGAAUCUGCUCGCGCUGCUGGGUGUUUCCUUUGUAGUUGUGACUCUCCUGUUUUCAACACGUGUAUUAUUAGUCAAUGAUAAUGACACAACGGGACCUAAUAACGUCGUGCAGGGAAAUCAGGGCAUGCGUUCUGGUGACAUGACAAAGUUAAACUUUGGUUCCCUUCCAGAGUUAACUCAGUCCGUUUACAAUGCCAAUCACAAGCAGUGUGUCCACAAUGACAUUAAGUAUCCGGGCGAGCCUCAGCUGGUUCUGGUUGUGCAGGUUCACAACAGGCCUGAAUAUCUCAGACUGCUCAUCAAGUCACUGGAGAAAGCUGCUGAGGUCCACAGCUUCCUCCUUAUCUUUAGCCAUGACCACUUUUCAGAGGAAAUAAACGCCAUUGUGCAAGGGAUAACUUUCUGCAAAGUACUGCAAAUUUAUUUCCCCUUCAGCACUCAGCUGUAUCCCAGUGAGUUUCCUGGGAAGGAUCCACGGGACUGCCCUCGCGACUUAUCCAAGGACAGCGCUCUGAAAACAGGAUGCCUCAACGCAGAACACCCUGACUCCUAUGGACACUACAGGGAGGCCUUCAUCACUCAGACUAAACACCACUGGUGGUGGAAAUUGCACUUCGUAUGGGAGCGAGUGCAGGUUAUGCAGGGCUACAGUGGCUUUGUAAUCUUUCUGGAGGAGGACAACUAUAUCUUACCUGACUUUUACCAUUACUAUAAAUCAAUGAUAGAGUUCAGGAAGAGCAGCUGCCCAGAUUGUGACAUGCUGGCUUUGGGUAACCACAAUGGCCUGACUGAUUUCACCAAGCUGUCCAAUAUGGUGAUGACCACUGGGUGGAUGUCCACUAAACACAACAUAGGCAUGGCCAUCUCCAGGGAGGUGUACUACAAGCUGAUGGGCUGCAACGAGGAAUUCUGCACUUAUGACGACUACAACUGGGACUGGACUCUGCAGCACCUCUCGGGAACCUGUGUAUCAAAGCCCAUCAAAGUGCUUGUGGCACAGGGCUCCAGGGUUCUCCACACAGGAGACUGUGGCCUUCACCAGAAGGAGAACUGUAGGCCAGAAUGGGCCUCACAGAAGGUGGAGGAGGGCCUUAAAACGGCCAAGGACGGCCUCUUUCCUCCAUCUCUCGUCCUUCAUGGUGCAGAAGCAGUGGAGCACAAGGCACACAUGAAGAACGGAGGAUGGGGAGAUGUUCGAGACCAUAUUCUAUGCAAUAAUUACGCCAAACGUCUUUGAACUAUAACUUUUCUCUGAGUUAUGUGGGUAAAAUGUUCAUUGGUAUUCUGCAAAUGUGCCAUUCAUACCUAGCUUUUCAGGGUGUAAGAGGCUGCAGUGGGUUGUGUUUUCACUUGGAGUGUUCUCUUUUACAGCAAGGUCUUCCACAAAAUAGGACCAAAUCAAGUCCAAAAAUGCUGCAUAUACACAGCUAGACUUCAGUUUUUUUUUUUAAGUCUUAUUUUUAAUCACCAAAGCUGCACAGUUGCCAAAGACUUUGUUGCUAUUUGUGAUGUGUAUAGUGCAAGCUCGGUUCAAUUGCAUGUGACCAGGUUUGUUUAUAUUUGGAGGUCUAACAAGCUAAAACACAAGAUUAGAUUUAUUGCACAGUGAUCGGAAAUAACUACAUCAGAAUGUGCCUAUACACACUAUUUUUCUAAAUGUAUUUGCAAAUAUAUUUCUUCGACUAGGAACAAUGCAGAGGAUAUUGUUUAUUCACAGGAAGUUCACUGUGUUGGUGUGUGUUGAAUGUCUUGCAUUGCUUUUAUGAUUCAUUCAGAGGCAAUGCCUUUUACAUGUACCUUUUAUGGUACGAUUUUAAGUGCAACAAUAAAUAGGCACAUGUAAUGUACUGUACAGACUUAUAGGUUUAAUCAAAAAUAUGUAUGACAAUCUUACAUAUAAUGGGAAAGUUGUCAUUUAUACAGCAACUGUCUUCUUGAAGUUGUACUUAAAUGUCAACAUGAUUUCAUGCCCAUAAUGGAAUUUGUGUUACACCUUCACUGUAACCAGGGGUCUUUUCUUUUGGAGAGAGGUCAACUGACACCACUUACUUAAACAGUCUCCUGCUCCCCACCGUGUUGACCCCUGGUUGCAACAAGAGAGCUGGCUUAAUAUUGAUUCCUUUUUUCUUUUGGUUGUGACUGUAUAUUUGCUUUCUGAUAGGUGAAAAGUGACCUUUUGGAGUCUUGUUCAAGGUCUUUCUUUCUGUAAACAUCAGUGUCAUCUGUGAUUCUGCGUUUCAAUAUUUGCACCUUCUUUGUUAGAAUUUAUUUUGGGAUAUAACAUCCAAAGGACACAGGAUGAAUUGCAUUGGGAUUUAAAAAAAAAUGUGUUGCUGUUCCUUUACUUGUAUUCAAUCAAUAGUAAGUGAAACUUAAAAAACACUGAAAGUUACCUUUUUACAGUGUAAAACUGAGAAAUAAUCACCAGCAUAUUGAUGCUAUUAUUGCCUUAAAGCUGACCUAAAGUGCCUUUUGAUUGUUACUUUGUACCUGCUAACAUUGUUGUUGACCAAGUACUUGGUAUAGUGAUAUAUAUUUCUGGUAGUGUCUUUCUUCAUGCAAUGUUGAGGGAAAAUUGAAAGUGAAUUGUGUUUAUUUCACACAAAUCUUCAUUUGUACCAUUAGGUAAAAUAAUUGCCUCACUUUGGUAUCUUGCUUGCAACAGGUGAUACGUGAUUACAUCUGAUAUGGGUGAACCUCAGGGUUCCUUAUGGAGAUCCUGGUAAAGAAAUAUGUGAAUGUGAUAAUAAAAUAACUAAAUCUUGUAUUUUAUGUUGAAAAGCACAAUACAUUCUUAAGGAACAUGUUGAAUAUGGCCUAAUACACAAAGAUGUACUCUUAGAUCACUUUUUAUAUAUGUAUGUGGGUUGUUUGAUGAUUCCAUAGUUGGUUGAAAAUGAGACCAAAUGGUUUUUUGCUUAUUUUCUUUUCUUUCUGAUAAUCACUUGAAAUAGCUGUUUGUUGUUCACCUAAUGUUUGCCAAAUGGGGAAAAAAUUAAAGGCUGAAUGUUCAA